GGCUGCCUCCCCCGCGGGUGGGCUGUACUUAAACCCGACCGCCUCUCUCUUAAUGCCAGAGGUACGGCUCAGCAUCACAGGAGAACACCUCACGGUGGCAUUUGGAGACCGGUCGAGAACCAUCGCUUUUCCACUACAAAUUCUACAGAUUCAUGGAUUUAUCAGCAUAUCAAUUCUUAUAAGGAGAUCCCAUGUGGGUGGCUGAAAAGAUUUGUGAGUCGGUGGGGAAGAGCAUGGUCCUGUUUGGGGAGAAGUCCGCCAAAGGAGCCCAAAGGAUCACGCUGUGCCCCAACGUCAUCACCCCGGACACCAUACCGGACUUCUUCAUCCCGCCUCAGAUCCAGCCCAUCCAGAAGGCCAAGCCCUCGGAUCAGGCCCGAGCCGCCCCAAGCAUCAGGGUGUCCCCCUGCGAGGGGGGGAGCCCCAAGCCCUGGGAGGCCCCCUGCGGCCCCCCCCGCCCGCACAUCAUCCAGGUGGAGAGCGUGGAGGAGGGCCCCGACGACGAGGACGCGGGCAGCGACGGAGAGGAGACCACCAACGCCGACCCCCGCAGCCAGGCGGCCCUGUCGCUGCCGCACGUGGCCCGGGCGCAGACCUGCUACGGCUUCUGCACGCUGCUGGAGAGCCCCCACACCCGGAGGAAAGAGUCCCUGUUCCACGUGGAGCCCGGCUCCCUGCCCCUGCUGCUGCCCCGGAGCCGGUCCAACACCUACACCCAGAGGACAUCCCCCCGGCCCAGCCCCUCCACCUCCCCGUCCUCCUACAGCCUGAACGCCCUCGCCGUCAGGCUGUCCCCGCGGAGCUACACCCUGAGCCGGCAGAGCACGCUGGACAGCGACACCACCUCCUCCAACGAGUCCUCUCCCUUUGGCUCGCCGCUGCUGGGCAGGUGCCCCGGGGCGGCCGGCAAGCCUUCCAUCUUCAAGACACUGAGCCAGGAGCGCCUGCUCACCCAGAACCAGAGGAGGGGUCUGCCCUCACGCAACAACUCCCUGUCCACGGACGAAGGCAGCUCCACCGACAACAGCCCCAACGUCAUGAGGAGGCUGUCCGAGGAGACGACGGAGGGCCUGUCCAGCGGCUACAGGCUGGCGCCCCCCGCCUUCUUCCCCUCGGACCUCACCCUUAGCCGGGAGAGGGCGAUGCGGGAGAGCACGGUGCCGCUCGGGAACAACGGCAGCCUUCGAAUCUCGGCCGAGUACUCGGCCGACAACCAGAGACUGCGGCUGAGGCUGAUCAGCGCAGAGGGGCUGUAUGCGGCCAGCUCGGACACCAAGGGCAUUAACUGCAGCGUGAGCCUCUCGCUGAUUCCCGGGAAGCUCCAGAAGCAGCGCAGCACCGUGAUCCGGAAGAGCCGUAACCCCAUUUUCAACGAGGACUUCUUCUUCGACGGCCUCACCGCAGAAGACCUCUGUCUGCGCUCUCUGCGGUUCAAAGUGGUGAACAAGAAGUCGUCCAUGAAGAGGGACUAUAUUUUGGGGGAUUGUGAUCUGCCUCUCUCUAGCUUUGUAACUUUUUAAACCUUUUUAUUUUUUACUAUUUAUUACCUACGUUUUAUAUCAUAAUUUUAUAUGAAUUAAAUUACAUGAAACAUUGUCGUUUCUUGUACUUUGCACUUUUUUUAAUUAAACAAUCCCUAACCUGUCAGUUAAAUACAUCUCCCUGGCAUUGUAGUGAAUGCUCUUUAAGAAAUGAGGGGCCAAAGCAGAUGUCAUUAGUCAGGCCAAAAAUAACCCUGAGGUCUAAACACGUCUUUAGGUUCCCUGGGUUUCCUCUGUAUCUCUUAGCAUCAACAAGGCCGCCAAUUUGUCAGGAUUUGAUUAUUCACCUUCUGCUGUUUCUCUUAAGCCUGUUGCUUCCCUCGUGACCUUUCUUUUAAUGAAAUGUUUCUGGCAACCAGAGAAUUUCAAUGCGAGCUUCGACCCAAUGGCAUACAUUUAAUCAGCAAAAACAAAUGAUUCCAGCUUUAUCAGGCUGUAACAAACCUGGUGGUUCAAUGUGAAUAUUUUCUUUUUUUAACUAUAUUUUAUUUAUUUUCUAUGUUAUCUCUUUUGAAAUUUGUAAUGUUUAAAUAAGUGGAUCUCCCAAAGAACUGCAACCAUAACAGUUGUGGUUUGGUAAAAAGACAUGAAAAUACAAAGUGAUAGAGCUGUGUUUUAUAAACUGCACUAUAGCAGCUCCAGCCCAACGUGGUCUGCAUGAACAAACUGAUAAAGAGGUCAUUUCCCAGGCACGCCCUGAGGAACACUGACUAUACAUCUUAUGAAUGGUAUUAUAUCUAGAAUAUAGACUUUAGGGUGCAUGAUAUAGGUCAGUGUUUACACAGAGAUUGACCUUGGGCAAUCACAUCCUGCUUUUCUCACUGGUCGAGAAAAGGGACUUAAAAGCAUCCGUUUCCACUACUGCUCCUGGUUAAAGAUUAAUAGAUUUCCAUGGGCUUACAAAAUCUCUGAGAUAAAAGGGCUGAUGACUUUCACUUACAAUGACAUCCAUAACAUUGGCUGACAGCGUAGCGUAAUGCAAAUUGUAUUUUUCUGGGUUUUCUUUUUUUCAAAGGGAGAACGAUGCUUACUGUGGUGAUGAUGCAAGGCCUAAAGGUUCAUCAGGUAUAGCCUAUCAGCCAUAACUGAUGUCAUGUGCUACAGAGAAUAAACAUAGAAACUAUUAUGAGAAUAAUUGCAGACAGUCGGUUGAUCUGACACACAAAUAAAUACAAACAAAGUACAAAUAAUUACAAUCAUCUAUCAUCAAUAGUCAUCUCUGUAUAUCUUUUGUAUUUAUUCAUUAUUUAAUGGGAGUCUCCUCCAAUUCCCAGGGAGAAAUUUUGUUGAUAACACUUACUUUUCUUUUGUAAUUACAACCAGGCUAGCUCUUUGUCCAUUAUGUUAGGAGUGCUUCUGAAGCCUCUGGAUUCAUUUGUAUCUGAGUGUUGACUCAGCUGUGUCGUGCCUUGCAAUAAAAGAGGAACAGCCAGGGAUUCUCCUCUCUGGUCAACCCCUGAUAACA